AUGCGUCGUAUUGACUUUCGCGUAACCUGGCACGAUAUCUGGACGACGGCAGCGUAUGCACGCGUUGUCGCACACAGUGUGAGCAGGCUGCCCCGGUCGCCUUCUGGCAGAGGCGGGUGUCGAGGGCGUCCCCUGGGGAGAAGGUGCGGUGUGGGUGAAGGUGUCGAACCCCCCUCACGGCCUGCUAUCCUCAUCUUGACGGCAGCGCAGCAUUCUCCAGCACGUCGGCCGCUGGGAGUUCCCCAUGCCCUCAUUCCCGGUCCAGCUCCUGCACGCCGAACCAAUCGCUCCGCGGGCAGUCUCGUCGCUGUCAGCCCUCGCUCGCUCCCCUUCCGCCGCCAGUGCUGCACGAUGAAUGGCGACCUGAGCCUGUCGCAGUCCCUCGGCGGGCUGCGCAUCGCGAACCCAGACGAGGACGACGCCGCGUCCCCCGCCCAGCCGUCGCCGCCCGUUGCCCAGAGCCCGGCUGCAGCGCGCCGCCCGUCGUCGCCCUCGCAAGCCUCGUCACGGAGCGCCGUCACGGAGAGGCAGCGGCCGCAGGAGCCCCCACACGACUCACACGACUACCUCGAGGCGCAGCCGACGGGCGCCUCGCUGGGCAUAGACGCCAAUGCCUUUGGCGCCGCCUCGCCCUCGACGUCGCCGGGCCAUCCCUCGCCGCUGGCCGAGGUGCCGCUGUCGUCGUCGUCGUCAUCCUCGCGUCUCGCCCAGCGCCAGUCGAUGCCGCUCGCCCACCAGACACAGCCGCCGCAGAUGGCCUACCCACCCUAUGCACCCGCGCCCAUGAUGCAGCAACGCACCGCCCCGCCGCCGCCCCAGGCCCAGCCCCAGCCGCUGCGAGAGCGGCCCAUGUCGACCAACAUGUACAUGCACUCGAACCUGUCGACCAACUCGAACACCGCCCCGGGCACCUACCGCUACAACGACGAGGGCAUCGACAUACGCCGGACCAGCAGCUCACGCGUGGCCCCGGGCGCCUUGCCCUCCAGAGAGGCCAGCAGACGCGACCCCUACCGCCAGUCCGCCCAGCUGUCGUCGCCCAACGGACCACUGCCGCCGCGGAGGAGCUCGCGCCGUAUACCCAUGGAAGGCCCGCACCCUCCCCUCGCGACCCAGCUGUCCAGCUCGCCGUACGGCAUGGAGGGCGGCCCCCUGCCAAGCACCGAGGAGUGGAAGGAAAGGGGCGCCGCUGUGAGCACGCGCCAAGAGGUGGAUCAGAACGGACGGCCCGUGACGAGGGUCGUGAAAAAAGGCGUCAAGGACUUCAACUUUGGCAGGACGCUGGGCGAGGGGUCCUACAGCACCGUAAUGGCUGCCACGGACCGCACAACGCUGCGCGAGUACGCCAUCAAGGUACUUGACAAGCGCCACAUCAUCAAAGAGAAAAAGGUCAAAUACGUAAACAUCGAAAAGGACACGCUCAACCGCCUCACGGAACAUCCCGGCGUGGUGCGGCUCUACUACACCUUCCAGGACGAGCGCUCGCUGUACUUUGUGCUUGACCUGGCCUCUGGCGGAGAGUUGCUCGGCUUCCUGAAGAAGAUGGGCACCUUCGACGUCGAGUGCACACGGUUCUACGGCGCCCAAAUACUCGACGCCAUCGACUACAUGCACAUCAAGGGCGUGAUACAUCGCGACUUGAAGCCGGAGAACGUCCUCCUAGACGACCAAAUGCACGUCAAGGUCACAGAUUUCGGGACAGCAAAGAUACUGGACCAGAAGAAGUCGAACGGCGUGGGUUCCGUCACUGGGGAUCCAAUGGAAGCUGCAGAGUCGGACCGCGCACAGUCGUUCGUCGGGACUGCAGAGUAUGUGUCCCCGGAGCUUCUAACAGAUAAAAACGCCUGCAAAGCAAGCGAUCUGUGGGCUUUCGGCUGCAUCAUCUACCAGCUUCUCGCAGGCCGGCCUCCGUUCAAGGCUGCCAACGAGUACAUGACGUUCCAGAAGAUUGUCGGCUUGGAUUACACGUUCCCAGAUGGGUUUCCCCCACUUGCAAAAGACUUGGUCGAACGGCUGCUCGUCUUGGAUCCACUCACACGACUGCCAAUGGAGCACAUCAAGACCCACCCCUUCUUCGACGGCAUCACAUGGGGCAAGGGGCUGUGGAAACAAAAGGCCCCGCGUCUCAAGUCUUACAGUCCACCUCCACAAGAACCUAUCAAGCUCAACGGUAACUACGACCCCUACCAUUCGAAAGACGCCCUCGUCGGUAACACAGCACCAGUAUCGGCGCCUGGAGCAGCAGCCAGCAGCCAAGCACGACCCAAACCGAGGCUCAUUACCGAACUGCCACCUCCCAGCCAACUUGACAUUGACUGGUCGCCUGUACUAACAAAAAGAGACGAGCGUAUAUUGAAGGUUGGCAACCUGAGUGUCACGCAACACCCCGCAGGCCAUGCUGUAGGCGGGAAAGACGAGCAAGCCGACACACCAAAGAAGUUCUCGCGUUUCUUCAGCAGCAACACAGUCAAGAAGCGACAACGCCUAGUCAUGAUCACCUCCAACGCGCGCGUGUUGAUGUGCGCGGCAGGCACCAACGACAAGAAGCUGAAAGAAGAAAUGUCGCUCCUCGCAUCCGGAAGCUCAUGGCGCUCAUUCCAAGACUCCAAGGGGCUCACAGCGUGGCUCGUCGAAACAGUUGGUCAACCCUCUCGAUUCGCGUUCUGUGGCCUGCUAACCCUCCCCAAGCGAGACAAGCAAUACAUCUUCGAAGACCCCAAAAGCACAACCAGCGACCCCAACGGCAGCAAGUACUCGACGCAGGAAUGGCUCGACGGCAUCGAACAGGCUAGGGACUACGCUCUCUCCCAAACUAUCACAAACUCGUACCCAGGCGACGCUACCCUCAAUGAACUCCGCUCCACCCUCUCAACCCCGACUAGCACCCUUGCAGGCGACUCCGCGCUGGACGGCGUAAACAUCCCCGCCACACGGCACGGGCAUUUGCACAAGGACCGCGGCGACGCAGACUCGGUCAAGAGCAGCAGGAAGCGAUUCAGCAAGCGGAACUCGAAGAACGGGCUUGCGAACUUUUGAAAAAGCAGGCUUCUAGAAAAAACGAUUGAUAAUAAUCGAAGCCUUUGUUUGUUUUGUGCUUUCACCCUGGGUUGGGACUCGGCUUGGCUCGGCUUGGCUCGGCUUUUAGCAAUUGCACAUGUGGCAUCGCUUUUUUUUUCCCUGCCUGAAAACCCCAAAUGGAUGAAUCUAGUCUAGUCAUACAUGCUCACCUUUUUUCUU